GGUACGAGUUGAUCGAGGUACGAGUUGACCAGGGUACGAGUUGACCGAGGUACGAGUUGACCAGGGUACAAGCUGCGCGACCAUCCUUGCUGCGUGACUUGUAGGCUGAUACCAUCAGGACACGUGAUAUGUGCUGCGAUGUAUACAUGUAGCUGUGACAGAUUACAAGAUCUUAGAAAUCCCCACCUCCAAAAAUGGUUGAACCAAAAGUGUGGAGCAAGCUUGGCCGUUAGAAUGGACAGCAUCCACAUUGCCUUGACUGCCUGCUAUUUUAACCCUCAAAGAGCCAGGGCUUUUUACCCAUCUCACAGCGGAUACUUGAAAGUUGGGAUACGUGUGAAGACACUCAUCGUUCUACAUGUACUGUAACUCUGAAGAUUGAACUCAAUUAGAUGUACAUGUAUGUAUGUAUGGUUUUGCUGUUACGGUCAUUUGAAGUUCAAGGCUACAUGUACAUAUGCAUGCCAGCCCAAGUGCACUGAGCACCACAGUGAAAAAAGUAUACAGUUUUGGCUGACCUGCCUCAGAAAAAUGUCCGCUACUCAAUAAUGAUACAAUGUAAACGUAUGUUUGAUUUUCCUAAAAUUUGUGUCAAUAACCGCAAAGAGUUACUCUAAAAACUCCUAAUGGCUCAGCUCCUGAAAAAAAUGCACUGUAGUAAUGUCAGAAAAAAUGUUGUGGGGGCACGAAUCCCCCCCCCCCCACGGCUCAUUUUGGGUUAAGUUGUUGGGCAUAUCCUUCUGAAAUGUUAACUCCAGUAAUUCAUAAUGCUCAAUAAAUCUCAAAAUGUGCAGUUUUGGAUUUCAUGAGCAUUAGGGCGUGAGUUACUUGAGCUACAGUGUAUGGAGUUUGCAGAAUUGUUUGUCACAAUGGGGAAGAGGUCAACUUGUAUGCAUACUAACUCAUACUCCGACCAACUCGAUUUCAGAUUGGUCAACUCCUACGCUGACCGAUUCGUAUGCAAGGCAACUCAUACACAAGUCAAUUCAUACUCUGACCAACUCGUACACCAACUAACUCGUCAUGAGAAAGAGAUUUAUUGACAAAUACGUGUACUCUCAAAAUGUACUGUCAUGUACUUGAGGGACAUUUGUUUCUUUAAUGGCUGAUUAAAUCCUACAUGUGCAUUCGCACAUUGUGUUUAUCAGAGACUUGUUGAGAAGUAGUUUCAAGAUGUCAUGUACAUGUACAGUCGUUUUCCUAGUUCUAGAUUCAUAAUGUUCUUGAAUAGUUGAAAUGAAAACCUACAUUCUUCGGAACGACAUCCUUAGAUGAGUUCUGCUUGAAAGGUGUAACCAUGUCUGCAGCAUCUAUGGUAGGUCGCAUCAUCCUUGUGACCGGAGCCUCGGAUGGCAUUGGUAAACACACAGCCUUGAAGCUGGCUCAGAUGGGUGCCACGGUACUCAUGCAUGGCCGGAAUACAGAGAAGAUUCACCAUGCCAAGAGGGAGAUCGCUGAGAAGACAGGUAACAAGACUUUAGAGGUCUACACUGCAGACUUGGCCUCCCUCAGGGAGGUCCAUCAUCUGUCUGAGGACAUUCACAGCAAGUACAGCCGCUUGGACGUCCUCAUUAACAAUGCUGGUGUGUAUAUGCUCAACAGGGAGGAAUCCAAGGACGGCUACGAAAUGACAUUUGCUGUCAAUGUCCUUGCACCAUUUCUGUUGACAUCUCUCCUUUUGGACCUUUUGAAGGCUGGCAAGUCCAGCCGUAUCGUCCAUGUCAGCUCUAUCUCACAUCUCAAUUGCAACAAGGUCAACUUGGAUGACCUGAAUUCAAAGUUGGAUUACCGUGACGGCCGGCCUGCUUAUGCCCUUUCCAAAGUGUGUGAGAUCAUGUACACGUACAAGAUGGCAGAGCUUCUACAAGAUGCUAACAUAACUGUGAACUGCCUGGACCCAGGCACAGUCAACACUAACAUGCUUUUGAAAAGUUGGGGUCCAGUCGGGAUUCCUGUUGGAGAAGCCAACUUUGUGUACCAAACAGCUGCUGAUCCUGCACUGGAUGGUGUCACAGGAAGAUAUUUUGUGGAUAACAAGGACACUAAAUCCUCUGCCAUCUCAUAUGAUAAAACCUUGCAGGACAAAGUUUGGGAUAUCCUGGUUAAGUUGACAGGAGCCACAUUCUAGAGAACAAUGCUGCCUUUUCUGGAAUAGAUAAUGUACUUAGCUUUCGAAAGUAAUUUUUUAGCGAGACUAUAAGGUGGUAGGGAUGACAUUUAGAUAAAUAUCAGGUAAAAAGUAAAAACCAUUGAUUACCUCGACCAGUAAAUUGAAAUAUCCUUGAAGUAAUUUUUACAGUACUCCAUGAAACCUACAUGUAUGUUUGUACCUUUUCAUGUCUGUUUCAUUCCGUGUUAAUUCAUACACCUGCCCUUAUUUCACUUAGAUUUGCCAAGAAAAAUUUAUAAAAAGUACCCAAUUGAACCAAAUGAAGGGAAAUCAACUUUCAAGCUGAAAUUUGAUUUUCCUUUGCUUGGUAUACCAUGGUGUCUUUAUAUAAAUUUUCCAGACUAAUCCGAGUUGAGCCAUACCCUCACUUUGUUUGAUUUGACACACAGCAAUCCAUGUAGGAACCUUAGUAAUCUUCAUCAGAGUAACAGGUGAAGGAUUUAGGGCUGUGAGGGGUAAUGUUUAAUCAACAUUAGAAGUAAAGUCACUAGUGCAAGAACGUCACUGGUAUAACUUACUCAGUUGAACAGAAUGCCCAGGCAAGACACCAGUGCCUCAUGUACAUGUAGUUUAUAUUAGAUUAAUUUUAAAGAAUCUUGAUCACUGUCUUUGACGUUAGGCAGUGUGUAAUCUGUCACAAUUUGUGUAAAGAUUAUUGUUUGGGCAUUCAGGAGGCUUUGAGUUUAAAGAGGCUAGCUAGCAAGCCGUUGGUUUGCUUUGUGAAGGAGAGUGCCAGCACUACAUUUGUUUAGAGAGAGAACAUUUAUAAAUCAUAUUUUUUCACUUCAAUGCAUCUAUGUCUGUAAAUUUUAAACAUUUGAAUGCAUUCAUUCAUUAAUGAAUGUACAAUAAUAUAUUCAAUUAAUAUGUAACUUGCAGGGAUGAUACAUCAAUAUGAUAUUUGAAAGAAAUCACCAUGUUAAUACAAAUUGGGUUAAAUGGCAACAGUUAGGCAUCAGGUGAAGCAAAGACACUUUUAUACCCAAACCAAAGGACAGUGAAGCAUACCGGUACUACCAAGGCACUGUAACAUGCAUUGCUGGACUCACAAAACAGAACAGAAAUAUAAAGUGGUAAGAACAAGGCCUCAUUAUGAGUUUACCAAUAGCACCUUUUAUGAAUAAGUAGUAAGCUGAGGUAUCAUGUUAUGUUUUUUUGCACAUUUAAGAGAACAAUUUGAUAUACAUGUACUUCAGUUAACAAGAAUCGUCUGAAAAUAAUGGUCAGUUCUUACAUUGGAGGAAUUUGCAGGACUAAGAAGUUAUAGAAAAGUAUAGUGAGUUCAUUGUACUUGUGGGGACAUUCCCCUUGUAAUUUGAAUACAAAUGAUGAUGUUUAUUUCCUUCAUAGUGGAGGAUUUCAGGAGAACUUUUGUGAUGCAAAAUAAUUAUACAAGUGAUGGAAAAUGCAAAGCAUACUGGACCUCAUCAAAAUUGUACCUUCAUUCUGUACUAUAAAUUGAAAGAAAUGGCCCUAAUAGAAAAGAAAAUAUGACAGAAUUAUGACUAAAUUUUCAGGAACAACUCGUACAUGUAGAUUAAAUUUGUCUAGUGAUUAAAUACAAACUCAUAGAGCCGAACAAAA